GGACACUUCUUAUAUUGAACCAUCUCUCCUCCUCUACCAAAAAGUUAUUCCACACCCACCUCAAUCAUCCAUCAUGUCGACUCUCCUUGUCAACAAGCCACUCCUUGGCCCCCUCGUCGGCCUCAAUGUUUGGACUUUUGCUAUGGAAACUCUGCUAUACAUACGCAGAACUCCAGCGCUGUCCAAGUAUGGCGUCACGUUCGAUCCAAACACUGUCAAACAGCAAAAAGCAGAGAAAUUGCCUCCUUUCGUACAGUGGCCGGCGGAUAACUUCAACAAUUUGCUGGAACAACCUACCCAAUUCUACGCGGUGUUGCUUGCAUUGAGCUUGAUGGAUGUCAAGGACAAGACUACCGUACGCUUGGCGUGGGGUUACGUGGGUCUGCGAGUCCUUCACAGCUUGAUACAUGUUACGACCAACAAUGUUCUUCUGCGCUUUCCGGUUUUUGCCACGAGUUCGGUUGUGCUUUUGGGGAUGACAGCCAAGGCCGCUUGGGAGCUUUUCUUUUGAGCGUGUUGUCUAGCGGGGGCGGGCGGUAAUCACGGCUUUUGUAGGGUUAAAGUUAUGUUCCGCUGCAAAAGCAUAGAGGUAUCCUAUGCAGCUAUGGGCCUCUCUGUUGCGCGACCUCGCGCAACUACAAACAUUAUACACCUGUCACAAGGUUGACCGCCCCAUCGAGCAGCUGCUUUGCUAUAUGGGAGAUCUUGGUUUUGGUUGGCGCGUUUCUGUCUAUGUACUGUCCCGCAGCACCCGAGACAAGUCCU